AAACGUGAAUUUCUCUGUCUCUGUCAACAACGUUUUCUUCUUUCUUUCUUCCAUCGCACCGUUUUUUUUUUCUUCUCUCUUGGAACUCAUCCCAACCUAGUACUACAAACCCUCACUGUCUUUCUUUCACUGUACAGAAGAAAAAACGUUGUCGUUUUCUUCUCCCAAUUACGUAAAAUAAAAAAAAAAUUAACUUGGGUUUAUAAAAUCAUCGUUUUUUUUUUUCUUUCUCUGGUGGGUCUUUUGAUUCACAUCACUUGGAGUUAAAAAAAUGGCAUCUUUGAGCAAGGAACUGGUGCUACUCGUAAUUCAAUUUCUCAAAGAAGAGAAUUUGAUGGAAACAAUGCACAAGCUUGAGCAAGAAUCGGGUCUCUACUUCAAUUUGAAGUAUUUUGAAGAGAGAAUCAUGUCUGGAGAUUGGGAUGAGGUUGAAAAGUACCUCAAUGGCUUUACCAAACUUAAUGAAAAUCGAUUCUCCAUGAAAAUGUAUUUUGAGAUUAGGAAGCAAAAGUACUUUGAAGCCUUGGACAGACGUGACCGAACAACAGCUCUUGAAAUUUUAGUGAAAGAUUUGAAGAUUUUUUCAACGUAUAAUGAAGAUUUGUACAAAGAAAUAACAAAUCUCAUAACCCUUGAAAAUUUUAGGGAGAAUGAACAACUAUCAAGGUAUGGAGAUGCUAGAACAACUAGAAUGCUGAUGAUGGUUGAGCUUAGGAAAUUGAUUGACCUCAAUCCCCUCUUCAAUGAUAAGCUUAUCUUUCCUCCAUUGAAGACUUCGCGCCUCCGACACCUUAUUAAUCAAAGUUUGAAUUGGCAGCAUCAGCUGUGUCGGGACCCGAAGCCGAAUCCAGACAUCAGUACUUUGUUAGUCGACCAUACCUGUUCGCCUCCUGUUCUGCUUCCUGUUACAUCUGCUACAAAUCAUCUAUCUUAUGCUUCACUUGGAGGAUUUCAUUUUCAACCACUUACACAUGUACCUAUAGCACCUAGACCUAAUGCUUCAGAAGGUUGGAUGAGGGAUCCAAAAGGCACUUCCUCGUCUUCUCAAUCACUUGCAGCUGCAUUAGCUUCAUCCUCAUCUUCUCAGUCACUUGCAGCUGCAUUAGCUUCAUCCUCGUCUUCUCAGUCACUUGCAGCUGCAUUAGCUUCAUCCUCAUCUUCUCAAUCACUUGCAGCUGCAAUAGCUUCAUCCUCAUCUUCUCAAUCACUUGCAGCUGCAUUAGCUUCAUCGUUGGCUGGUCCUUCAAAUCCAGUCUUCGGUUCGAAGCAUCCGAGAACACUUAAUACUCUUGAACUGAUGGAUAGCCAAAACAAUGGCCGUGAUAAUAAAAAAUUGAGACGGGUGCGGUCUUCAAAGUCUUUUGAAGAGGCCAUUUUUCGAGCUUUGCCUCAACCGAACUCUUGGUCGAUCGAUGAUCUUCCUAGAACUGUUAUUUGUACAUUACAUCAGGGAUCGAAUGUAACAUCGAUGGAGUUUAAUCCUUUCUUUCAUUCUUUACUAGCUGUUGGUUGUGAAAAUGGUGAAGUUUCAUUUUGGGAAACAGGGCUGAGAGAGAGACUGACAUCAAAGCCUUUCGAACCAUGGAAUCUUUCAACUUGUUCUAUCGCGUUUCAGGCUAUACAUACGAAAGACUCGUCUAUAUCCAUCAAUCGUGUAUCAUGGAGCCCGGAUGGAGUUUUUUUGGGAGUUGCUUUUUCGAAACAUUUGGUUCAUUUGUAUACAUAUCAAACACCUAAUGACAUAAAGCAGCAUGUGGAGAUUGAUGCUCAUGAUGGUGGUGUUAAUGACUUGGGAUUUUCAUAUCCAAACAAUAAGCUAUGCUUUGUAACUUGUGGAGAUGAUAAGUUAAUAAAGGUAACAUAUAUUUUUUUACAAUCUAUUGUAUGGGAUUUGAAUGGAAAUAAGACCAUGAGCUUUGAAGGUCAUGUAGCAUCUGUUUAUUCUGUUUUACCUAGUCAGAAAGAACAUAUUCAGUUUUGUUUUUCAACUUCGGUUGAUGGCAAAGUUAGAGCUUGGAUGUAUGAAAACCAAACAUUCCAUGUCGAAUACGACACUCCCGGAAAGUGUUCUACCAAAAUGCUCUAUAGUUCUGAUGGAACUAGAUUGUUUUCUUGUGGAACAAGUAAAGAUGGAGAAUCUUUCCUAGUUGAGUGGGAUGAACCUGAAGGAGCAAUAAAAAGAACAUAUUCUGGGUUUGGAAAGAAAUCUGUCGGUAUGGUGCAAUUCGACUCUACAAAGAGUCGAUUUCUGGCUGCGGGUGAAGACAACCAGGUUAAGUUUUGGGAUAUGGAUGUUGUUAAUGUUCUGGCUUCUACAGAUGCUGAGGGUGGUCUUCCUAAUCUUCCUCGCUUGAAGUUCAAUAAGGAAGGAAAUUUGCUUGCUGUUUCUACAGCAGAUGGUGGUUUUAAAGUCCUCGCUAAUGCGGACGGUAUCAAAUUCUUAAGGAACAUUGAAGCAUCUAAAGAACCAUUUUUCACAAAGAGUCCUGGAGGACUUGUUUCUAUAGGUAGAGGCAGAGAUAUUAACAUAAAUUCGGAUGAAGGAUCGAAAUCUUGGGAAUUGACUGAAAUAGUUCAUCCGGUUCAAUGUCGAAUCGUUACAGUUCCGGAGGGUAUGGGUUCUAAUAACAAGGUUGCUUGUCUUGUUUACACAAAUUCCGGAAAUGGUCUUCUAGCUCUUGGUUCAAAAGGGGUUCAGAAGUUGUGGAAAUGGAGCUUCAGUGAAUUGAAUCCUACUGGAAAGGCAACAGCAAGUGUUGUUCCUCAGCAUUGGAGACCAAGUAACGGUAUUCUUAUGACUAAUGAUGUCCCUAGUGAUUGCGAAAUGGCUGUUCCUUGCAUAGCACUCUCAAGGAAUGAUUCCUAUGCUAUGGCUGCGUGCGGAGGAAAUAUUUCAUUGUUCAACAUGGUUUCAUUUAAGGUAUUGUUUCAUUUUUUGCCACCUCCACCAGUUUCAACAUGCGUUGUGUUUAGCCCUCAAGACAAUAAUGUAGUUGCGGUUGGAAGGGCAGAUUCAAAUAUCCAAAUUUUCAAUGUUAGGUUAUAUCAGGCUAGAUCUCUAUUAAAAGGUCACCAGAAGUACAUUACCGGUAUAGUUUUUUCGCUUCGACUCAAUAUAAUGGUUUCUUCCGGCGCUGAUGCUCAGAUUUUCUCUUGGAACAUGGACACAUGGAAUAAGAAGAAAUCAGUGCCAAUCAAAUUGCCUAGUGGUGAAAAUGCACCUGCUGGUGAGACUAAACUGGAAUUCCACAUUGAUCAAAUUAAGUUGCUUGCAUGCCAUGAGACACAAUUAGCAAUAUAUGAUGCUUCAAAAUUGGAAUUGAUUUGUCGGUGGGUGCCACAAGAUGUGUUGCCUGGUGCCAUAACCUCUGCUGUAUACUCCUGCAAUGGUCGACUAGUUUAUGCUACUUUCACUGAUGGAAAUGUUGGAGUAUUUGAUGCUGAAACCCUCAAACCUAGAUGUCGUAUAGCUUCAUCUGCAUACAUACAUCAGAGUCAGACCCCAUCAAACAGCCAAAAUGUAUACCCUGUUGUUGUCGCAGCACAUCCACAUGAGCCCAAUCAAUUUGCAAUUGGACUGUCAGAUGGGUCUAUUAAGGUUAUAGAGCCACCAGAGACUGAAGGAUGGCAGGGAAUUAAAGUGCCUGUUGUUAAUAAUGGGAAUUAAUGUGCAUCAUUUUAGUUUUUUUCUUUCAAUUAUUGGAUUAUUAAAUGAUUUUAAGACUAUACAAGGUUGAAUGUUUUUUAUUGUGAGUGUUUGGAUGCUCAUGAAGAUGUUUGGUUAACAAACCUUUAUGCUUAAGGUUUAUAAAUA